AUGAAAAGACGAACAACUGAUGCAAAAGAUGAAAAACAUAUUGAAGCCAAAGACGUAUCUAAAAUUCUUGAUGUACUUUCAGACUCUAUUGAAAGAAAAAUGUAUUGGCACCGGAUAGUAAGAAAACUCAAAGAAUGUUUAACUGUUUAUAACUUAUGCGAUAAGAAGAAACUGAUAACUGAUGAGACUCAACAGCAAUAUCUAAGAGUCGUUGAAAAAUUGAUGACAAAUGAACCAAACGAAAAUAUUUGUGAAGUGGUUGGUGAUGAAAUAUCCUUAAUUGAAACAAUGCAGUCUUAUUGUAUAUCAUUUGUACAACCUCAAAUUGCUACAAAGUAUAGUCAAAUCUUAAAAUAUAAACAAAUUCUCUCUCAAGAUGCCUUUGAAUUUGGAAAAGGUAUUACUUCUUCUAUUGAAAAUAUUAAAUCAAUUUCUUCUUCUCUCAAAAAGGCACGUUUAACAAAUGAAACUGGAGAAUUUGAUAAAGCAACAAUACUCAAUCAAGAGGUUAUUUCAACACUUACUUUAACUUUUAAAAUUCUCAUCAACGAAUUAAAAAAUAAACCAACAAAAAGGGUUUGGGGAAAAAUAUCAACUAAACCGUUUGUUAAAAUAUGUGAAGAAAAUCCCCAGUUAUGGAAUGAUGAACAAAAAGAGUUACUUUUAGAGUUGUCAGAAAUUAUUUCAAAUAAAUAUUCAGAAAAACAAAAACCAAGCUCUUACGAAGAGGCAUUAACUAAAUGGAAUCAAGCUGAAAUAAGAAUGAAUAAAUAA